GGUCCUAAACUUAAUCACAAUUGCAUGGACAAGUGCUAACGCGGUCAUAAAUUGUAGUCGUUUUGUUGAAGUGAAAAACGUUGUAUUUAAGCUUUAUAUGCAAGAUUUAUCUCGAUUGGUGUUUACCUUUCUGGCUUUUACUCGACAGUCGGGUUGUGUGUUAAAACACAGGGGGGCGUCCUAUCUAGACAGCAUUUUGGGCAUAUAGACUUGUUCCUAAGCUCGCAUGACUCUCAAACGGUGCUCGAAAAUGCCUAUGCUGCCUAAAUUGCUGUCUAGGUAGGCGGCUCAGGGUUUGAGGCGCUGCCCACAUCUCAGUUCCGCAAUGUGAAGAUUUAUAUGUGUAAGUAUGUGAGCAGUUUCUGUCAUUAUUGGCGAUAUGGAUCUUAAAAGCGAGCUGCUGAAGUCCAUCUGGUACGCGUUUACAUCUCUGGAAGUGGAGCAGUGUGGAAAAGUGUCCAAAUCUCAACUUAAGGUUCUCUCACACAAUCUCUAUACAGCUCUGAAUAUUCCUCAUGAUCCUGUGGCAUUGGAGGAGCACUUUAAAGACAAUAACAAUGGGCCGGUGUCCAGCCAGGGCUACAUGCCUUACCUCAACCAAUAUAUUGUGGCAAAGGCCACAGAGGGGACGUUUAACAAGGAAAUCUUUGAUGAGCUCUGCUGGACGAUGACUUCAAAGAAAAACUGCAAACCUAGCAGUUAUAAGGGCUUGUGUUCACAGAGAGACUGCUUCAAGCUAUUCUGCUUGUUCAACCUGCUUUCUGAAGACCGCUACCCAUUAGUCAUCAUUCAACCGGAGUUGGAAUACCUGCUGAAGAAAAUCCUUUGUGCAAUGAACCAAGAGUGGGAUGGGACGUUACUAGAUGACCUUCUGUCCCAGAAUUCAGCUCUUCAGGACGGAAUGUCUAUAUGGGAAUUCCUGGAACAUCUGAGUGCAGGCCGGCUUUUGCAUGUUGAGAAUAAAGAGGCUUUCAGUUUGGCUGUGGAUGAUGUUUUUAUGGAGAUGUAUCACAACAUCAUCAAGAAGGGUUACCUGUUAAAGAAGGGGCAUGUUCGCAGAAAUUGGCAGGAGCGCUGGUUUGUUUUAAAACCUUGUAGCCUGACAUAUUAUGUCAGUGAGGACCUGAAGGAAAAGAAAGGAGAGAUUCCACUGGAGGAGGGCAGUGUUGUGGAGAAUCUUCCUGAUAAGGAAGGCCGGCGCUGUCUGUUCUGCGUAAAAACUGCAUUGAGGACGUACGAGAUGAGUGCUUCAAACUUAAAGCAAAGAGUAGACUGGAUGCAGGCUAUACAGACGGUUUUCAGACUGAGAGCUGAAAGGAAGAGCUCUCUGCAUUAUGACCUGAAACUAAACAGACGCAAGCAGAGAGAGACCUUUCAAAGAAGCCAAAGCAACCAGAGCAGCAACAACGAACCAAUUGCAGAUGAGAAGCAACCCUCUGCCCCAGAACAGCAGGGGGAGACAGAGAGUUUGGAUCAGCACAUUGAAAGCAUCAUUCAAAAACAGAGGGAGGUAGAGGCAAAACGUAAAGAGGAAGAAAAGCACGAACGAGAGCAACUGCAAGCAGUACAGAACGAUCUGAGGAAACAACUAGAAGAAGCCAAUGAGGCCAGGGAUAAAAUGGCGGCUACCCUGACGGAGAUGGAAAAGGAAGUCCAGCAGCAGAAGAAAAAGAUCUCUGAGUUGGAGCUCACGCAACAAAAACUGGAAGAAGCACUGAACACACAGAUUCAUGCCCGGAUGGAGGAAGACAAAGUCCGACAUGAACUGGAGAGGCAACUCGCAGAAGAGCAAAAGAAACUUGCUGAGCUUUUACUACUUCAAGGACAGAUGGUAACACCAGCCGUGAGGAGUCAGGAGGAGGUACCACCCCAGGACUCUGCUUCAACCUUAAUACCACCUACCAAUCAGCAACCAGAGGAGAGCAGUCGAUGCGAUGCAGGGGUGAGAGGCAAUGAAGAAGUGGAGCAGGCGCUACCUACCCAUGACCCACCCACCACUUUUUCCCCAACACAACCCAACAACCAGCCAGCAGAGGAAAGCAGUCAACAAAGCACAGAGGAGCUGGGGACUCAAUCUACUGCCACUCUGAUACUGAAACAAUGGAAAAUACAGCUCAACCGUCUCAUGAAACCUAUCACACCAGGAGACAGAGUUGAGCAUCUCCCAGUGAAGCCCACUUGUCCCAGGCAGGGUCAGGCGCUUACCAGCACAGAGUUCAUCACUAAGGUUCAAACAGGCAUCACUCAGGAAAAGGGAAAUAGUUUUAACCCAUCACAGCUCCAAGAAGAGGAAGGAUAAGGUUUCUAUAUCUGCCCAGAGCUUAUGGAAAGUGCCUAUUUUGUACAGCUGGCUUUCUUUGUGUUUGAUGUUGGCGUACACUGCAGUAGAGCCUUAUUUGAUAUACUGUAUGUACAUGUGUAUAGUCUUCUUUCCAGAUACAUUUAUUUUUAUUAUAUAAUAAGUGUUAUGCAUAAUAUAAACAUUAAGAAUUGCUUUGGGAGACAUUGUGCUGUUGAUGCCAGCAAGCAUAAGUCAUGCACAUUAAUGCUUUACAUGCUCUAAAUAAUGUAUCUAUUUGUAUGCAUCUACUGUAUUUUUUAUUGUGUGUAAUUUUAUGUGCAGUCAAUAGAGGGGGCACUUGAUCUGGCUGCAGUUUCACAUUUCUUGGGUCAAAACUUACUGCAUAUGUGACCAUUCGUAAACCAGUCAUAAGUGCCACGGGUAUAUUUGUAGCAAUAUGCAACAAUAGAUUGUAUGGGUCAAAUGUAUAAAAAAUUAAAUGCCAAAAAUCAUUAGGAUUUUAAGUAAAGAUCAUGUUUUAUAAAGAUAUUUUGUAAAUGUCCUACUGUAAAUAUAUCAAAAAUGUAUUGAUUAUUAGGAAUAUGUGUUGCUGAUAGCUUUUUCUUUUUUUUGCACCCUCAAAACGUUGUUUCUCAACCAAAUAUUGUCCUAUCCUAAAAAACUAUACAUCAGUGGAUGGAAAUCUCAUUUAUACAGCUUACAGAUGAUGUAUAAAUCUCAAUUUUAAUAAAAACUACCCUUAUGACUGGUUUUGUGGUCCAGGGUUGCGUAUAUAUUACUGUAUUAUUAUUUUUUAAGUGUUGUGAUUCCUAACCCUGUGUAUAUCACAGGUGUCCAGGGAAUUUGAAAACAUCCAAUCAAAUGUUUUUUUUUUUUUUGCUAAAAUGUUUUGACUUGCAUUGACUAAUGUAAGAAGCAGAAAAAGUGAUACCCCAUUUUAAUGCUAAUAAGUGAAAAUAAUCAUACAGUUUAUUUUUAGAUCAGUGGAGACCGACCAGCUAGAAAGCACAGUUCAGUUUGUGGUUUUGAGGCUUCUAUUCAAAAUGAAUAAUGAUUCGCUCUGUUAGUUUUGGGUGGUAAUCAACAGACUGACUGUAAAUGAUAUUUUUAAAGAAAAGUUGUGGCAGUGAUUUUCCAGAUACAAAUCUUUUCUCCUUAUGGUUUGGAGUUUUUCUACCUGCGUGUCUAGAGAUUCAAGUUUGUGAGGAAGUGCAUUGUCGGGUCCAGACAUCAAAUACGAUCGAAUGUGAUACAUAAUCCCUUAUAUUACUAUUUAUCUAAUAACAUAUACGUGCAUAAUUUUCCAGCAUAUUGCAAUUUAAUCUGCAUGUGAAAGCCUUAAUAUCUUUAAUAUUGACUGAGUACGGCCAUGAAAUCAAUGAGAUAUAUAAUAAAUAGAUUAUAAGACUUUACCCUGGAUUUCACAGACAGUCACAUAUUAUAUGUAUCAUUUACAGUUUAAAAAAAAACAAAAAUGAAGUGGCUGAACUGAACGUCGGUCCAUAUUAGACAAGCAUCACUCCCCAUCAUAUAUUAUUUAGACUUUCAAAAACUAGAAAAAAACCAAUUUCAGGGACUUCUUUAAUAAGAGCCAUUGUUAGGUUGUGACAUUUUAUAGGUUAUGAAAAAGUAAGUUAAUAUAGGAAUAAUAACAUGUUUAUAAUAGUGUGUAAACACUCUUGCUUGUUUCAUGACUGUCU